AUCACAUAAAUUGAAGAAGGCAAGUUAUAUUUGUUGAGCUGAGAAAGCAAAGCAAUUAAGUAAAGCAGAGACAAUCAGUUAUCACUUAACAGCAUUUAACAAUUUCAGAAGAAACUGACCCUCUCUGCAAUUUGCAUAUCUGCCCCUCCUCAUUUCUGAGUUCAUGAUCUUUUGAACGGAAGAGGAAAAGAAGAAUCCAGAACUGACUCAACCAAAUUGUAAAAAUAAUAACAAAAAAGUAAAGAAAAAAGAAAAAAACCGAUGGAUGAAGCGUCAGGGUUUGGUGCUACGACGUCGUCUUCAAUGUUUAGGAAUUUCCCUCUCAUAUCGGCAUUCGUUGCUUUCGCCUUAGCUCAAUCCAUCAAGUUUUUCACUACCUGGUACAAAGAGAGGAGAUGGGAUCCCAAGCAACUAGUUGGAUCUGGGGGAAUGCCGUCGUCUCAUUCGGCUACUGUGACGGCUCUUGCAGCCGCCGUUGGGUUCCAGGAUGGCUUUGGAGGACCACUUUUCGCUACAGCGUUGGUCUUAGCUUGCAUUGUAAUGUAUGAUGCUACUGGCGUAAGAAUGCAAGCUGGGCGCCAAGCAGAGGUUUUGAACCAAAUUGUUUAUGAACUUCCUGCCGAACAUCCUCUGGCUGAAAGCAGACCUCUUCGUGAACUCCUUGGGCAUACACCCCCGCAGGUUGUCGCUGGUGGAAUACUGGGGCUUGUAACAGCGGUUAUGGGUCGUCUAAUAGCAAUGGCUUGGUAGUGAAAAAUUGAGGAUCCCUUUAUCAGUUUGUCGGGAUCCCUAAAUAGAAGCAAUUUUAGUCCAUACCUUAUUAUAGAAAUGGAAAAAAAAAAAAAUCAUCUCAGUCUUGUUCAGUAAAAAAGAAUCUGAUAUUGUAGUGAUAAAAAAUUGAAUUGUACUGAUCGCACUAUUUGAUAUUUCUCGUGUUCCUUUUUCUCUCUCA